CCCUUCCCGGCACCUCCCGCCGAGAUCUUGGCGGGAAGACGCCCGCUGCUUAGCAGCGAAAAGAUGGGGUCGCGCUCAGCCAGCGAGGAGAAGGCGGGCUCCAGACUGCGACUCCAGGUGAAGGUGAAUGAAUAUAAAGAAAACCAAAACAUCACUUGUGUAUCUCUGAGACCAGAACAGGCUACAGUUUUAGGAAAAACACCUAAGGUGUAUCUUGUUCCGUUUUCACUCAGUAAUUACAAGCCGGACCAACUUAAGCACCCCAAAUCCCUAUUGAAUAAGAAUUUUAAUGAAGUUGCAUGUAAGAAAUGUAAGAAGACUGAAAUAAGGAAAACUUGCAGGAGAAUUUUAACUGCAAAGAUGGAAGCCACAUCCUCUAAGACAGAAAUCACCUUGCAAAAAUCAUCCUUAGAUGUUUAUACGGAAAGUAACAAGCUACAACACAAGAGCACUUCAGAUACAGUGAUUCCCAGUGUGGAUAUGGAAAGCAUUCAGGCUCUAGACAGUGAUGAAGAUACCACACUAGGCCUGGAUGAAUUUUCAGGAUUGUCACCAUAUGAAAGGAAGAGACUGAAGAACAUAUCAGAAAAUGCAAACUUUUUUGCCUCACUUCAGUUGUCUGCGUCAGCUGCAAGGCUCCGUGAAAUGAUAAAGAAGAAACAUCCUCCUGAAUCCAAAAGAAAAAAGCCUAAGAAGAGAGAAAAUGGGACUGGAUGUAGAAGGUCAAUGAGAUUACUAAAAGUAGAUCCUUCAGGAGUGUCAUUACCAGCACCCCCAACCCAGCCGACAUUAAUCGCAGAUGAAAAUCCUUUGUUACCGCCUGGGCCUUUAGAAAUGACUCCUGAAAAUCGAGAUGAUGACAAUGACCUAUUUAAAGGAUUCCUACAGACUUGGGCAGAAAUGAACAAGACAAGUAUUAAGAAUACUGAGAAGGAGUUAUCUAGCAUUAAAAGCUAUAAAGCCAAUUUAAGUGGCAUGAUCAUUAAUGAAGACACUGUUCAUAAAGUUACCAAAGGCCCAAUAUUCUCUUUGACUCUCCACCCAUCAGAAAUUAGAACUUUGGUGGCAGCUGGGGCCAAAUCUGGACAAGUUGGACUUUGGGAUUUGACUCACCAAUCUAAAGAAGAUGGAAUUUAUGUUUUUCAGCCCCACAGUCAGCCAGUUAGUUGUCUUUACUUCUCACCUGCCAAUCCGGCUCACAUACUGUCACUGAGCUAUGAUGGCACAUUACGCUGUGGGGAUUUUACAAGGGCUAUUUUUGAAGAGGUAUGUAGAGAUGAAAGAAGUAGCUUUUCCUCCUUUGACUUCUUGGGACAAGAUGCCUCCACUUUAAUAGUAGGACACUGGAAUGGAAAUAUAUCGCUAGUGGAUAGACGGACACCUGGAACUUCUUAUGAGAAGCUUAUCAAUUCUUCUUUGAGAAAAAUAAGAACUGUUCAUGUUCACCCAGUGCAUAGACAGUAUUUUAUCGCUGCAGGAUUGAGGGAUAUUCAUAUUUAUGAUGCAAGGCGCCUGAAUCCCAGGGGAAGCCAGCCUUUGAUUUCUUUGACUGAACACACAAAAAGCAUCGCUUCUGCCUAUUUUUCACCUCUUACUGGUAACAGAGUAGUGACCACAUGUGCUGAUUGUAAACUGAGAAUCUUUGACAGCAGCUCUAUAUCCUCUCAGAUUCCUCUGCUCACUACCAUCAGGCACAACACCAUCACUGGGCGAUGGCUGACCAGGUUCCAGGCUGUAUGGGACCCUAAACAAGAAGACUGCAUCGUAGUUGGCAGCAUGGCUCAUCCACGACGGGUGGAAAUCUUCCAUGAGUCAGGAAAGCAGGUGCAUUCUUUUUUUGGUGGAGAAUGCCUUGUCUCUGUGUGUUCCAUUAACGCCAUGCACCCAACUCGGUAUAUUUUGGCUGGAGGCAAUUCCAGUGGGAAGAUACAUGUUUUUAUGAAUUAAGAAAGUUGCUGAGUGUUUGGUUUAGCAACAUCAAUUUGUUCAAAUCAUUGCCUGAGGAGCCUAGUAAUUGAUGUGGCUUGGUCUGUUUACUUGUUAACAUAUUCUACUUAGCAAAUAUAAAAUUGAUAUUUUAGUAAGAAGUGCAAGUAGAAUGUACUUUUAGUAAGGGAGAAGGCUGUUAAGUUGUUUCUGUAGUUUGGGGAGGGAAUUUGACGGUGAUUGCUUCAGCACUUUUUUUUUUUUUUUUUUUUUUUUACAAAUAGUUUAUUGUCAAAUUAGUUUCCACAUAAUGCUUCAGCACUUUUAAUCAGGCAGUAUAUUGAGAAAUUCUAGUAUUAUAAAUUACAAAGCUUUGAUCAGUAUUAAAAGUUUUUGUGGUUUAAUGAUAUGGCUUUUGAUAGUGAUAUUUGGAUUUGUGGUUUCCUUUAUAGUUUGGAGUGAAUAUUUAUUUCUAGACUCAUACACUGGAAGAGAUCCUUGAAAGGUCAUCUAACUUAGUGACUUUGAAACAUUUAAUUUUUUUUAAUAGAGAGCUCUUUUCCCCCCUGCUUUUAAAUUAAACCUUAUGUGAAAGCCCAAGAUAAUUUUUGAGAAGCCGUAGUUCCCUUGGGCAGGGCCUGGGUCUGUGUGUGCUGAACCUUUCAUCUCCUCUGGAUGGUUCAUGAGACGUGGCUAAGGAAUUCUAGGGCUUCUAGGACCGAUUUUGGAUCUGCCUGACCCUUGUAAUCCAGGGUAAGAUUGCCUUCAGACCAGUGUUUUCCACACUGUGGUUUGUAGCUAUUCACAUGAAAUCAGUUUAGCCAUGACCAGAGCUUAAAAAAAGGAAAAGGAAAGAAAUAGUAAAGAGUAAUAAAUAUAGGGUAGGUGUUGUUUUGUGAAACUUAGUUAUAUGUGCAUACCUAUUUGUAUGUAUAUGUGCACAUGUAUAUUCUGAUGUAAACUAUAUGUCUUUAUUACUGUGGUACUGCUGUGAGUCAUGGUUAAAGAAGUGAAAGCUCCCACCUUAGAAGGUCUCAGAUACUCUGACCUGUCCCUGUCUUUAAACUCUCCAGAGGAGUUUCAUUAUCCUCUUAAGUGAAUACCUUCAUUCCUAGUUCAUACUUGGGGGAAAUGUUAUAAAAAACCACUUUUGGCAUUUUUCGUCAUAAAUUUUUUUUCUCAGAAGUUAGGGCAAUUUGAAUGUGUUGUUGGGAGGGUAGCUACUAAAUCAGUGACUAACAUUACCGUGAGAUAUUACCUUUUUUCGUUGCUCUUCAUUGCCAAACUACUACUAGGAAGGACUAUUGAAGGACUAUUGUAAAUAGUUUUUGGCAAUAUGUUUGAAUUCUAAGAGGAAAUAUUUUCUCAUAUUGUGUAUCACAGAAAUAAAGUCACCUGUAUAAUUUC